AUGGAUUCUGAUUUGUAUGACGAGUUCGGGAACUACAUUGGUCCUGAACUUGGUUCUGAUGAUGACGAGAAUGAAGACGAUGUGCCAUUGGCUGGAGAUGCUGACGAGGAUGCUGACGAUGGCGAUGAUCAGGAGGAGAUGGAAGAUGAUGCUGAAGAGAUUCCACAAAAUCAAAUAGUCCUACACGAAGAUAAGAAGUACUAUGCAACUGCUCUUGAGUCGGUGGAGCACAAUCUCCCGGAAACCGUAUACAACAAGGAGUACCUGGCUGACCUAAUGGACUGUCCUCAUAUAAUGAGAAAUGUGGCUAUUGCUGGUCACCUUCACCACGGAAAGACAACUUUCCUGGAUUGCCUUAUGGAGCAAACUCAUCCCGAGGGAUGUUCUAUCAAGGCUAUGCCUGUCACCAUCGUGAUGCAGGACACUCGUCAUAAAAGCUAUCUGUUGAACAUAAUUGAUACGCCAGGUCACGUGAACUUUUCUGAUGAGGUUACUGCGGCUUACCGUCUGUGUGAUGGUGUCGUCAUUGUUGUGGAUGCGCAUGAAGGGGUUAUGAUGAGUACUGAACGAGCUAUACGUCAUGCUGUACAGGAACGUCUGCCCAUCACGUUGUGUGUGAAUAAGAUUGACCGUCUGAUUUUGGAAUUGAAGCUCCCCCCGUCAGAUGCGUACUAUAAGCUGCGACUGGUUAUUGAUCAAGUUAAUGGAUUGCUACAGACUUUUUCCGAGGAUGAUACAGUUGUUUUAUCACCGCUACUAGAGAAUGUCAUUUUUGCCUCUGGUCGCUACAAUGUUUGCUUUUCAUUGCUUUCCUUCGCAAAUAUUUAUGCUGACCGCUAUGGUAACAUCAAUGCUCGAGAAUUUGCUCGACGCCUUUGGGGUGACAUUUACUUUGAUAAGUCAACUCGAAAGUUUGCAAAGAAGCCACCGACUUCAAACUCUCAGAGGACUUUCAUCGAGUUUAUUUUGGAGCCGUUGUACAAGAUUUUUAGUCAGGUUGUUGGUGACGUCGACACGUGUCUACCUCAUAUAAUGUCAGAAUUAAACAUCAAACUGACCAGAGAAGAGCAGAAGAUGAAUGUUCGUCCACUGAUUGCACUAAUUUGCAAACGUUUCUUUGGGGACUUUAAAGCGUUUGUUGACCUUGUUGUGAAGAACAUCAAAUCGCCAAUCGAGAAUGCAAAGAAUAAAGUAGAGCACAUCUGGCUUGGACCAGCAGAAAGCAAACUUGCCUCCGAGAUGCACAAAUGUGAUGCAAAUGGACCACUAAUGGUGCACACCACGAAGAACUAUCCGACUUCUGAUGCUACCUCUUUUCGUGUUUUGGGACGUGUUAUGAGCGGCACCAUAGAGAGUAAUACUGAUGUACGCGUUCUUGGAGAAAAUUACAGUAUACAGGAUGAAGAAGACUGUCGUCGUCUAACCGUAGGCCGACUUUGGGUCCACGUAGCGAGGUAUCAAAUUGAGGUUUCGCGUGUACCGGCUGGAUGCUGGGCCCUUAUCGAAGGAAUCGACCAACCGAUUGUGAAAACUGCAACAGUGGCCGAAUUAGAUUAUGAAGAGGAUGUGAACAAGUCUUAUCCGUUGCUUACCACAAGAGUUGAAGAAUCUGGCGAACAUGUUCUUUUGGGUACAGGAGAACUUUAUAUGGAUAGCGUUAUGCAUGAUAUGCGAAAGGUCUUUUCUGAAAUAGACAUCAAGGUAGCAGAUCCAGUGGUGACAUUUUGUGAAACAGUAGUAGAAACGUCUUCGCUGAAAUGUUUUGCUGAAACACCAAACAAGAAGAACAAAAUUACGAUGAUAUCCGAGCCUUUAGAAAAGGGUCUAGCAGAAGAUAUUGAAAAUGAGGUUGUACAAAUUGGAUGGAACCGUCGACGAAUUGGUGAGUUCUUCCAAACAAAAUAUGACUGGGACUUACUUGCGGCUCGCUCAAUAUGGGCCUUUGGGCCUGACAUAGCAGGUCCAAACGUCUUACUCGAUGACACUCUUCCUUCUGAAGUUGACAAACAACUUCUUGCAACCGUUCGUGAAUCGCUUGUGCAAGGUUUUCAGUGGGCGACCAGGGAGGGUCCUCUUUGCGAAGAACCUAUUCGUAAUGUCAAAUUCAAGAUGUUGGAUGCUGUGAUAGCAAAAGAGCCUCUAUACCGAGGCGGUGGUCAAGUAAUUCCCACAGCUCGCCGUUGUGCUUACUCUGCUUUUCUAAUGGCCACUCCUCGUUUGAUGGAGCCAUACUUUGUUGUUGAAGUCAUUGCCCCAGCCGACUGUGUUUCCUCUGUUUAUACAGUGCUAGCGAAGCGGAGAGGACACGUUACAACGGAUUCCCCAAUUCCUGGAUCGCCAAUGUAUUCGAUUAAGGCAUUCAUUCCUGUGAUGGACUCAUUCGGUUUCGAAACAGAUUUGCGCACUCAUACACAAGGGCAAGCGUUCUGUAUGUCGGUGUUCAAUCACUGGCAGAUCGUCCCAGGUGAUCCUUUAGAUAAGUCCAUUGUGAUCAGACCACUCGAACUUCAACCUACUCCGCACCUUGCAAGAGAGUUCAUGAUCAAGACGAGAAGACGGAAAGGUCUGUCAGAAGACGUCUCCGUCAACAAGUUCUUCGACGAUCCAAUGCUUUUGGAAUUGGCAAAGCAGCAAGAUGUAUUCAGCUACUCGGGAUUUUAG